UCAAAACAUUGAAAAUGUAUCAAUGCCUCUCAGGAUUGGAGUUUGACUCCUUUGUAAGUCUUCAUCCACACAGCGUCUUCGAAACUUCCCGAGCGUCCCCAGAAUUGUCUCGGUCAGAGCUGAGUGCCGCUCUCUGUAAUCUCAUCAAUUUCUUCGGCUCCAUCUUGCUGUUCCGCGUCUGAGAAUUCUCUGCUAUUUCUCAGAUAAACGUGUUUGCUUCUCGCGGAGAAACCGAUGGAUGUCCGAGGUUCUUCAACUUUAAACCUUUUCUUUUGCCUUUAGCUUGUUCACAUCUAUGUUAUAGAUAUAUCCUAGUCUUUGAUAUGGUUUGGGUAGUUCAGUGUUUAUUUGUUCUGGGAUUCGGCAUAUUAGUUUGAUACUAUAAAUAGUUAUGGAUCCUAAUUUUUCUGGGUUGCCUGAUUCCAUAAACAUUGUCUUGGUAGCUGAUGACCAUGCCUUUUCACCCAAUUCCAAGCAAUACCCAGAUCUUUUAAACGAGUACACAUUCAAUUUGCCCUCCCCUGAUUUUAGCUUCCUUGAAAGUUCAUGUUCAUCGCUUCCACCUGACAUGGGCUACACUGAUUUCGCACCGCCGAUAACUGUGGCCCCAGCAGCAGAGCCAUAUGCUACGUCCGCUGGCUAUGACAUGAGCACACCGUCUGUGGGUACGAGUCCGGGGGUAGACUUGUCCUCGGACGACACUGAGUUCUCGGAAACGGUUCUCAAGUACAUAGGCCAGAUACUUAUGGAAGAGAACAUAGAGGACAAGCCCAGCCUGUUUUACGACCCUUUGGGUCUCCAAGUCACUGAGAAAUCCUUCUAUGAUGCUCUCGGUCAGAAAUACCCUUCUUCCCUCAAUUUGCAGCCCAGCAAUGGAUCACAGUUUUUAGCCAAUCAGUCGAACAGCGUGACUAACAUCGGUGAUGGCAUGGAGCUUUUGGCUCAGAACAUUUUUAUUGAUAAUGAAUCUGUGUUGCAAUUUAGGAGAGGGUUAGAGGAAGCUACUAAGUUCCUUCCUAGGGGUAAUCAGUUGGUUGUUGGUUUGGGGACUAGCAUGGUAUCACCCGACUGGAAGGGAGAAGAUCAAAAGGUGGAAAUCAAGGGGGAGAAGGGUAGAGAGAAUUCACCAGAUGGGUUGAGCGUAAGGAAGAAUCAUGAGAGGGAAGAUGUAGAGGUAGAAGAAGGGAAGAGUAAUAAGAAGUCUGCGGUUUAUGUGGAAGAGAGUGAAUUGACAGAAAUGUUUGAGAAGUUGUUCGUUUCCACCGAAGCUAUUUUUCUGCCACACGAUAACAAUAACAAUGAAACUGUGCAGAAUGAAGCAAGCAAGGCCUCACAGCCAAAUGCGCAGCCGCAAGGAGUUAGUGGUGGGAAGAGCCGUGCUAAGAAACAGGACAAAAAGAAGGAAACGGUUGAUUUGAGUACUCUUUUGAUUCAAUGUGCGCAAGCUGUAUCAACAUGUGACAUUAGAACUGCAAAUGAGUUACUGAAGCAGAUUAGACAGCACUGUUCUCCUUAUGGUGAUGGGUCUCAGAGGUUGGCCCAUUUCUUUGCUAAUGGCCUCGAGGCACGCUUGGCUGGCACUGGCACUGGAACUCAAAUUUUUUAUAGUUCCUUAAUUUCCAAAAGGAUCUCAGCUUUUGAAAUGUUGAAAGCUUACAAUGUUUCUCUUUCAGCCAUCCCUUUCAAGAGGAUCUCACUAUUCUUUGCUAACAAAAUGAUUAAUAAAGUAGCAGAGAAAGCAACACGUCUUCAUAUUAUAGACUUUGGUGUCGAAUAUGGUUUCCAUUGGCCACUUCUGAUCCAUAUGCUUUCAAAAAGAGUUGGAGGACCUCCCAAGCUACGUAUUACAGGGAUAGAAAUUCCACAACCCGGAUUCCGUCCGACUGAGAGUAUUGAGGAGACUGGUCGUCGCUUGGCUAAGUAUUGUGAGCGGUUUGAUGUUCCUUUUGAGUACCAUGCUCUAGCAUCACAGAACUGGGAGACUAUCCAAAUUGAGGACCUCAAGAUUGAUAGGAAUGAGGUGCUUGUUGUGAACUGUUGGUACCGGUUUAAGAACGUACUUGAUGAGACAGUUGAAGAGACAGUUGAAGAGACCAGUCCACGGGAUGCCAUUUUGAAUUUAAUCAGGAGGAUAAAUCCCAAUAUAUUUGUUCAUUCUAUUAUUAAUGGAUCCUACGGUUCCCCCUUCUUUGUCACACGGUUCCGAGAAGCACUCUACCACUUCUCUGCAUUGUAUGACAUAUUUGAUGUUACUUUACCCCGUGUCCGUGAGAACCAAGAGAGGUUGAUGUUUGAGAGAGAGGUCCUUGGGAGGGAGGCUAUGAAUGUUUUAGCAUGUGAGGGCUUACAAAGGGUUGAGAGGCCCGAGACUUACAAGCAGUGGCAGGUCCGGACUAUAAGGGCUGGCUUCAGGCAGCUCCCAUUGGACCGAGAGGUGAUGACCUUGUUCAAGUCUAAGAUGAUGAAAUGCUACCACAAAGAUUUUGUACUUGAUGAAGACAACCACUGGAUGCUUCAGGGAUGGAAGGGCCGAAUUGUCUAUGCUUCCUCUUGUUGGGUGCCAAAUUAGGAUAUUUGUGGAAACUCAUAAUUGUGGGCAGGGCCGGCAAGGAUACCUUAGGUACUGCACAAACUAUUGUUCUUGUUCAAUUUUCAAUGUUUUUUUUCUCUUUUGUACAUGCAGGUAUACUAUAAACGUAUCUAUGUAUGCCAUCAUCUUGAACUUUCUACAGGCGUUUUUAUAAAUGGUUUUUGAAGGUGCUGUAAUGACCCUAAAACUGUCUACUGACUUGCUUGUUGGGACUUUUGUAGUAAAAUCUGUUUGAUAUUUAGAUGAAUUUCCAUAUUGCUGGAUGUAAUGGGAGGGAUUUGCCCUUCUUCUUUGUAUAUUUUCCACGAGCUUGAAGUUGUGUGUUUGUUUUAUCAGGUGUACUCAAAGUAGGUAAAAGUUCAUAAUUGCAUGAUAUUGCGGUUCUCUU